UUUAUAAGGCAGUUGCAUAUUCCGUGGUUGAGAAAACACUCCAGGGCUACAGUUCUAUAAUUUUGGCAUAUGGUCAAACUGGAAGUGGGAAAUCUUAUACAAUGGGAACUCUACUCCCACUGCUGAAUAGUUGGCACACCACUGGUUUGAUACAGCGAUGUAUAAAGCACGUCUUCGAGCAGAAUGCAAUUGAAGUUUCGAUGUCAAUAAUAGAGAUAUUAGAUGAAGAACCUCAUGAUCUACUGAAUAUGGGGAUUGCACUUGAGAUGCAUAAACACGUAGCAAUAAAUCCAAAAGUUCAAAAUAUCAAAACAAAAGAAGAAGGAUUUCAACUAAUUAAAGCAGCUCUUGAAUUGAAGCAAGAACACCUGUUGCCAUUGAAUGAUCCGCAAUCACACACAAUCGUGACACUUCAUCUAAAGAUUCCAGAUGGGGAAACAUUACUAGAAUCAAAAUUAAAUCUAGUAGAUCUAGCAGGAUCAGAAAUUCUUGACCAAAUGGAAGCUGAGAAUAAUCCAGCAUUUGUUAAAAAAGGUCAUGUCAAUAAAAGUUUUUCAAUAUUAAAUAGAGUGAUUACAUCAAUUCCAGAAGUUAGGGGUUCAGUUUCAACAGUCCACAAUAACAGUACAUUGACAUCAGUUUUGAAAGGUUUUGUAGAUAGCAAGAGCCUUAUAUCUUUGGUAGCUUGCAUGACUACUCAUCCGUCUGAUUACAAUAAUACUAUGAAGGCACUACACUUUGCUGAACGUACGAAGAAUUUAGAAAUACACCCUCUGCAAAUGAACGGUACUACUUUGUGUACCAAAUUUACUAAUCGGCUGGAAGACACGACUCGACAACUUUCUACAUUAUUAUCACCAGCUGAAAGCACCGUCCUGAUUUUGGAUCCUGCAGAAGAUUCCGUGUCAGCAGCAUCAUCAAACUACAAGAUGAAAAUAUGUAGUGUAAUUCUCAAAAAGACUGACGAAAAUUUUUAUCGAGCUGAAAUGAAACAGGAUUCUAAAGAAAAUGUAACGCCAUUGAAGCCCACGGAUAUGCCUGUAAAAGAUGAACAACCGGGAUUGACUUCUGUCGAGCCUCUACAUUCGUUAGCUUCGACAGUCUCUAUUGGCGAACUACAAACUGAAAGUGAAUAUGACACUAGCGUAAGCACAAACUCGACCACACCUAAACAAUAUCAAUGUGACACACUUCAAGGAGAUAGUUGUUCAAGCUCCCCAGUAGAUGAAACUAAUGCAAAACUGCACCUACCAACACUGAAAACCGAGAUAUCUGCAGAAAUGCAAUAUGAAUGCCCAGUUUUUGAUCUUGAAUUACUCAGUCCCAUUUUACCAAUGCAACCACAAUCUGUUCAUCAAGCUUCAAAUGUGACAGGUGGUGAUCAGGGAAAAGUCGGAAUAUAUCACCAACGAGGAAACAUGAUAAAAAGGAUGAAUGCUGUUAUAACAACUGAUUUUUUUGCACCCUCAAAUACAGAACUACAUGAUGCUGGUACAAUCUUAGAACGUCAACAAAUUAAUUGUCCCAGUUCAAGAAAAAUGAUGAAAUUUGCUGAAAACUACUUACAAUCGAUGUUGAAGCAAGAUCCAGACUCACAGGAAUCGAAUGAUGAACGUUCAAACAAUGACCAUUCUGACAAUGCUCAAAAUGAAACAAAAGAAUUGAAGUAUAAGCGAAUGGCACAUAGUAAGAACAUUUUAAGAAUAUUAAAUACCAGUACUGCAGAACAACUGACAGCCUUGCCGCUAAUUGGAUGCAAAACAGCGAUAACAAUAUAUCAAUACAGAUUGAUACAUGGAAACUUCAGAUCUCUGAAAGACUUAGAGAACAUCCCCAUUUGGACUAAAAAAGUUCGUGACAGAUUUUUUGCGGCAAAUAACGUGUUUCUGGAAUAGUAUUUCGUAUGCUCGCUGAACAAAGGUGGCAUUUUUCGACGAUUUUAUGUCUGCUUAUGCGCAAUAUCAAAAAAAUAUAUAAUAUACUCAAUUACUUACUUGAAAAUUUUAACUACCAUCGUUUUUAUACUUAUUUCAUAAGCUCCGUUUUUCUUUGCAUAAGUCUGUGAUAAAAAAUCGUAGUCACUUCAAAGAAAGUAUUUACAAACUUUCGAUAUGUUGUUUCAGUAAGGCUUUUUUCAAAAUUAGUCAUUAGUCAGUUAAAAUCACGCUAUUCAACUCAUGAAUUAGUAAAAUUUGAAUUCAACAGUACUGGUCUUUAACCGGUUUUAUUGAGAACACUGGAAAACUUUCAAUUUAUUGUUAGAGAAAAAAUUUCUUGCUUUUUAAUCCGUCUUGCGGGAUAUUUACACAUUGGUAUGUUAUAAAUAAGAGACACGAUAACGACGAGUGAAAUUGAAUGAGGAAACUUGUUGAAAUUUUAAUUUUCAGGCCGGUUGCGCAAGAUUUAAACUUGAACUGGUAUACGCAACUGUAGAAUUUAGAAGUGGGCAAUAGAAGAAAUAUAUGUAUAGUAACAUAGUGUUUACGUACGUUUGACCCCGUACAUUUUGUUAAAAAAUGUCUCUUGUCACGGUUCUAGGAAUUCGUGGUUCUCAUUAUAAGAUCAAUAAUAAACAGUAUGUGUAGCUGUUUAGCUGGUAUGUUGAGAACCACACUGUUAUUGUGAUUAAUUCUAGCUUUACUCUCAGUAGUAUCCAAUACUGAAACUUGUCAACACGGUAUUUCUUGGCUGUGAGUUAGAUGCUUACCUGUAACAAUUAGUGAACCGUGUUUGCGGAAUUUGAAUGAAAACUAUAUGAUUUAUAUAGAUAUGCCGAUAAUGGUAGUUAAUAUCAUAUCAUAUAAUCAUAUUAUAUAUCAUAUUGAAUAAAUUUUCGUAAUUAUCAUACAUAAUCGGUUUAUAUUAUUGUGAGAAUGGAUCCUGAAAUUCACAAGAAAGAGUCAAAUCUGGCUGGAACUGAUUUUUCUCGUGAUAAUGGUAUGUCUACAAAUGAAGAGAAAAUACUAUUAAAUAAUAAUUUUGAGACAGACAGUGCUGCUAAAACGGAUGAAGAAACUCAGCGAAUUGAUAACCAGUGGAAAAAAACUGUAUUUGGCAGCAAAAGAAAAUUGGAUUCACUGAAUACCCAAGACGAGGAAUCUGAUAUGUCAAGCGAAAGAUUGGGAAAUACAAGUCAUUCUACUGUGAGAAAAAUCUUAAAAACAGCUGAGAAAAAAUCUAAUGCAAACAAGUCUCAUUCGUCUGGUAAUCACAAUACAUCUGGUGUAAAUGAAGCAACCCAUUAUGAAAAUUCAGAAACAGAAAAUGAUACCAAAAAUAACCAGCAAGCAAAGCGAAUUCAACGUCGCCGAAAGUCUAUAAUCUUUAGUGCGAAAAAAAAAAUCAAUUUUUCAAAAAACAAAGACUCUGAUGAAUCUGCAGAUGAGGUGUCCAACAAGCUAAGCCGCAGAAAAUAUAAAGUAAAAAAUCUCUCGAAACACAAGAUGACCAGUAAUAUUGAUGCAAAAACAUCUGAUAGAAGGCUUCGUCACAAUAAGUUAAAGCUAGCUGGUAAUAGCAGUAAAAUCAAUUACGAAAGUAAAACGGAAGAUACCGAUGUUGAAACGGAAACACAAUUAACGACAGUCAGCGAAGAGAAUCGGGUUAUGAAUAGUUCACUCACAGAAGUUCAAAGUACUCAUAACAGUGACAUUUUGAAAUUGCUUAACCAGGGCUCGCCAAAGGAAUUGGAGUCGCUCGCCCGUAUUGGACCCAAAACAGCAAUGAUGCUGGAUCAAUACAGGAAACUAAAUGGGAAGUUGGAAACUAUUAGGGACCUAGAGAACAUGCCUGGAUGGUCUCCGAGAGUCUUUAAACAAUUUCUGUCGGCUAACAACAUUAUUCUUGAUUGAUAUUGGUGAUAUCAAAGUGACCUGAAGGAUAUGGUAAUUGGAGUGUUAAAUUCUUGUUGCUGGUUGAAGAGUAUAUGCCUGGCGAUAUCAUGUUCGUGAAUACCCGUAAAUAUAUUGA